GCUUCGUAGGAUCCAAACACCAUGGAAAUAUGCUCCACGCACUCCCAUUUGUGGUAUAAUCGCGCCCACGAGGGAACCACCUUGUCAUAACUAGCGUUCCGAAGAACUUGCUAGCCUCCCACUAUGGCUACCAUGGCGGCUUCCGAAGCUGUGACGUCUGCUUCGGCCGUUUCUCAGACCUCUGUUGCAGCCAUGAAGGCCGCAGAAGUAGUCUCGACGUCAACUUUUGGUCUGCUCGGACGUGUUAUCCUGUCCAUGUUGAGCGUACUCCCCACCGUUCUGUACUGGCUCACCUACACACUGCCAACCCUGCUCUUCACGCUCUUUUCUAUGAGCCUGACCUUCACCAUGAACUUUACAACCCUUAUGUUGCUCGUCGUAUUCGUCGUGUCCACAAUCAGUUACUUUGUGAGAUAUCGCUACAUGACCAUGUACGCAAGGUUACCGCCGGAACCCCAACGCGAGGAACCUCAAGUCGAGGUUUUUCCCGAAACUCAAGAAUUUGACUCCAAGAGGGGCCUUUCUAAUUACCUCGAUGAGUUUCUAAGCGCAAUCAAGGUCUUUGGUUACCUAGAGCGACCUGUCUUUCAUGAACUCACGCGUACCAUGCAAACUCGACGACUUGCUGCUGGAGAGACUAUCCUUCUUGAAGAGGAAAAAGGUUUCUGUCUGGUCGUGGACGGUUUGGUCCAAAUCUUUGUCAAGUCAAACCGAGAGGGAAGCGACUCUGACGAGGAUGAAGAUGCCGACGAAGGGUCUUCGGGAGAUUCUAGUAGUCACCGUCAAGGUUAUCAACUGCUUACUGAAGUGAAGAACGGGGCGCCCAUGUCCUCGUUGUUUUCCAUUCUCUCCCUAUUCACCGAGGACGUGAAGCUCCGUCAUGACGAUGAUGAGGACCCAGACCUAAGUGCGCCUGGGACGCCUCAGCGAAAAACGCCACUGACGAGAAAUGCUGGCUUUGAAGCGAACCAUUCCCUACCGCAAACUCCAAACUAUGUUCCACAAGUUGGAUCAGGGCAUCGACGAACAUCUACUGUUGCCAGUCCCACGGUAGGAGGACCUCUUUCGAGCGUGCCGCCCUUGUCCUUGGAUGCUGAUGGGUUUGGUGACCGUCCUAAACCCACCAAAAUUCGAACAUCACCGGCACGACCGAAGAAGCUCAAGUCUGCUCAUCCAGACAUUGUUGCACGAGCGACUGUAGAUACCACCAUUGCCAUUAUUCCAGCCACUGCAUUCCACCGCCUCACCCGCAUCUAUCCCAAGGCGACCGCACACAUCGUUCAAGUUAUUCUCACACGUCUGCAACGGGUAACCCUCGCAACCAGUCAUGCAUACCUCAGUUUGACCAACGAGGUUCUUCGUACCGAGAAACUUAUGAACAAGUACACCAACUACGAUCUUCCAGGGUUCCUCCGUGACGCUCCUCUAGAAAGGCUGAAAGAAAAGUUUGCCAAAGAGAAAGAGCGGCUUGGUCCAGACGAAGGCAUGAAAGGUAUUGCACUGCACAACCCUGGAGCCGGGCGUCGUCGCAGGUCUAGUGUCUCGCUCAGGAGAGAAACGGCCGCGCAAGCUCGGGCUGCCGCUAAUCGUGGGACGCCAAUGGAGUCAAGCAGUGAGAUACAGUUCAAGCUGACUUCCCCGGAACCUGGCCCUCGCAACGACCGAAUCAGUGCGGGAGAUCUUUUGACAAACUCUCAGAUGGCGCGAGGAAGCGGUCGGUCCGGUCGCAACAGCUUUUCUCAACCAUAUCAACAUGACCAGCGUCGAGAUCCUCGCACACCGCUUGACGCUGGCGGGUUCAAUCCUUUUGCCUCCCCGCUGAAGCGGCCCGCCACGUUGCAUAGACAAGAAUCCAUAGACGAAGCUACCGUUUUUAGAGAAUCCGUUCUUCGAUGCAUGUUCCGGGCUAUCGGUUUGACAGACCUAGAGAAUGGAAACAGACCUAGACCAGCCGUAUCAGUCGAACAAUCUCCCCGUCUUCUCUCUUUUGAUACCAAACGACAAAAGGCUAUCUUUACAAACGCGUUCGGGUUCAUUGACCCUUACGAGGCGUCCCGGGAUGGAGAUACUGAAUCGAUGGCUUCUGCAUCAGGAAUGUCAACAAUGAGUGCUGUGGGUCAUCAUAACAUCCUGGAAGAGAUUGUCAACGACGUCGAGAUUGUGUAUUUCCCGAAAGAUGCAGUUCUUGUUGAGCAAGGAGAGAGAAAUCCGGGCCUAUACUAUGUCGUGGAUGGAUUCCUCGACGUCAGCGUGUCUAUUGAAGAAGACGGCUCAGAUUCGAACGUACUUGGAACUGUUCCUACUGAAACCGGGUUUACGCCAGAGGAACUUUUUGGCCCACCACUGAAGCGUACAGCCACGAAUUCGUCUCAACGACAACCUGAUGGCAGCAAGAAGAAGCGGACAAGAAAGAGUCUGUUUAUGACCAAACCAGGCGGUCUUGCCGGCUAUCUCGGAACCGUAUCCUCCAACCGGUCUUUCGUAGAUGUCACAGCGAAGACAGACGUUUAUGUCGGCUUCCUGCCCCGGGCGUCUAUUGAGAGGAUUGUCGAUAGAUACCCCGUCGUGCUGCUCACAAUGGCAAAGCGCCUUACGACUCUUCUUCCUCGCCUGAUACAGCAUAUUGACUUUGCAUUGGAAUGGGUUCAAGUCAACGCCGGACAAGUCAUCUACAACCAAGGCGAUGAAAGCGAUGCUAUUUACAUUGUUCUGAACGGUCGACUGCGAAUUAUACAGGAUGCCGAGAACAGCAGCAUGAAAGUCAUUGGCGAAUAUGGGCAAGGUGACAGCGUUGGUGAGCUCGAAGUGCUUACUGAGACUGCUCGUCCUGGGUCGUUGCAUGUAGUUCGAGAUACGGAACUUGCAAAGUUCCCCAAGACCCUUUUCAACAGUCUUGCUCUGGAGCAUCCGGGCAUCACCAUCAAAAUCUCAAAAAUCAUUGCCUCCCGUAUGCGGGCGUUGGUUGAUGACCCGCUGCACGAACAGAGUAAGGAACGCAGCGCAAAGGCCACGCGUACCAAUGUAUCUUCGACAGUCAACCUGCGCACGAUUGCGAUCCUUCCUGUCACUUCCGGUAUACCAGUGGUGGAUUUUGCGAGCCGUCUCCUGAACGCGCUCACACAAAUUGGGACCCCACGAGGUGCAGUCUCUCUCAACCAGGCCGCGAUUCUCAACCACCUCGGCCGACAUGCAUUCAACCGUAUGGGAAAGCUGAAGCUCUCCCAAUAUCUUGCAGACCUGGAAGAGAAGUACGGCAUGGUUCUUUACGUCGCGGAUACGCCGGUCAAGUCGCCCUGGACACAAACUUGUAUCAGCCAAGCAGAUUGCAUUCUGCUUGUGGGCCUGGCUGAGUCGUCGCCGAAUAUUGGUGAAUAUGAGCGGUUCCUUCUCACGACCAAGACAACGGCGCGAAAAGAGCUGGUCUUAUUGCAUGCCGAGAGGUAUUGUCAAUCUGGUCUCACGCGCAAGUGGUUGCGUAACCGCCCGUGGAUCAAUGGAAGUCAUCAUCAUAUUCAGAUGUCUUUCCGCGCUACCCAGGAACCGGUGCAUCCUGCAGGUCGUCGGUUCGGCAACGCGCUCAAGCAGCGUGUUCAAGUCAUUCAGGCUGAGAUUCAGAAGUACACGUCGAGGAGAGUUCGACAGACGCCUUUGUACUCGGCAGACACACCCUUCAAAGGUGAUUUCCACCGACUUGCGAGGCGGUUAUGCGGCAAAUCGGUCGGGCUGGUGCUGGGAGGCGGCGGUGCUCGAGGCAUUUCACAGAUUGGCAUCAUCCGGGCGCUUGAAGAGGCCGGUAUUCCCAUUGACAUCAUUGGCGGUACCUCGAUUGGUGCUUUCAUCGGAGCGCUGUAUGCUUGGGAUGCGGAUGUGGUUCCCAUGUACGGUAGGGCGAAGAAGUUUGCAAGUCGUAUGGGCAGCAUGUGGAGGUUUGCUCUCGACCUCACAUAUCCCUCUGCUUCAUACACGACCGGUCAUGAGUUCAAUCGAGGCAUCUUCAAGACAUUCGGCAACUCCCAAAUGGAGGACUCAUGGCUCGAGUUUUAUUGCAACACAACCAACAUCAGCAAGAGCAGAUCAGAAAUUCACACAAGCGGUUACACGUGGCGCUAUGUUCGAGCAUCCAUGUCGCUCGCUGGCCUCCUACCUCCGCUCUGCGACAAUGGUAGCAUGCUCUUGGACGGCGGCUACAUUGACAACCUCACAGUAGCACACAUGAAGAGCCUAGGAGCCGACGUGAUCUUCGCCGUCGACGUGGGUAGUCUCGACGACGACACGCCUCAAGCCUUUGGCGACUCGCUUUCAGGCUUCUGGGCCAUUGUCAAUCGAUGGAACCCCUUUUCCACGUACACCAACCCACCCACUCUGUCCGAGAUCCAGUCGCGCUUGGCAUACGUAUCUAGCAUUGAUGCGCUGGAGCGCGCGAAGAACACGCCUGGAUGCAGGUACAUGCGCCCGCCUAUUGACCCGUACGGGACGCUGGAUUUUGCCAAGUUCGAGGAGAUCUACGAGGUUGGGUACAGGUACGGGCAGGAGUAUCUCGGGCAAUUGAGGGAGCAGGGGGUGCUGCCCGUGCAGGAGGAGACGGAGAAGGAGAAGAACCUCAGGAGGACCAUGGCUCCGAGACGGGCUAGUAUUUGAUGACCUUUACGUUCAUAGAUUCAGGUCGAUGAGAAAUCACGUAACAUCAUGUCCAAGACACGACGCGGCGAGGCUUAGUUUUGCCCAAAGAGUGCAGUGGAUGCGUGCGGUGUUAUCGCGGUCGAGGAUGGUAGCGAUUGGCUCGGUUGGUUAUCGAGCUACGAGCAUGGACGGAUAAUGACGGGUUACGCUUGUGAUAGCUAAGACGUGCCCUUACUGUUG